AUGUCCUCGAUUGACAGCCAUCAAGUCGCGUUUUCGCAACCAAAGUUAAAUGAAACUUUACAAGUCUUGGUAGACCUGAAGGACCAGGAAGGUAAUCCCUUCGAUGAUGUUUUUGAAGAAUUGCCUUCUAAAAAGUAUUUUCCGGACUAUUAUCAAGUAAUCACCGAUCCCAUUGCUUACAAAACAAUGCGAAACAAGGCCCGUCAUGGUCAGUAUACUACCAUGGGAGAAUUUUAUGACGAUUUGCGAUUAAUGGUAAACAAUGCUAAAACGUACAAUGCUCCAGGAAGCUUUGUUUAUGAGUGUGCCUUGUUGGUCGAAAAAGCUGCAAAUGAUUUAGAAGUUAAACACGCCGGUCAACCUCCCGCUGUGACAGACUCAAAAGUACCUAUUUCGACUGAAGAGCAAGCCUCUGAUAAGAAUCCUGAAGUUUACCAAGUCAUCACUAACGUUAUCGAUUCUUUAAGGGACGUUAAAGACUCCACCGGUAGAUAUUUAAUCGACAUGUUUAUUGAUUUACCCAGCAAGCGUCUUUAUCCCGAUUAUUACGAUAUCAUUAAGACGCCAAUGACGAUAAAAAUGAUGGAGAAACGUAUGAAGAAAAAUGAGUAUAGCUCAAUAAAGGAUUUUGAAAAUGAUUUAAAUCAAAUGUAUCUUAAUGCACAAACAUACAAUGAAGCUGGAAGUUUUGUUUACGAGGAUUCAAUUGCUCUUUCAAAUGUUUCUGGUCCAAUAUUGGCAGCUACCAAGUCUGAGGAGAUUCCAAAAGAUGUUGAGAGUAUCAAAAAUGAAUCACCAAACCAAAGAAUGGCUUCUGCCGCUCCAUCGUUCGAGCCACAAACUCGAGAACCUUCCGUCGUUAGUGAUAACUUACUUCAUGAAAAAUCUCCAGCAGAAGCAGACAACAAAGAGAAUUUCACUGAGGGAUUUCCUUCUCAAUUGUCAGAGGACGUUGAACAACAACCUUCAAAGCCUCAAGCUAUUGACCAAAUUUGUCAAACUAAUUAUAGUGCAUUUGCCCUUAUGAAAUCCUUCUCUACUCAACCGGUUCCAGAUCUCUUAAAUUCUACGCACAAGUCGGUCCUAGGUAGAUCUGACUUUGUGUUCCCAAAUUUCCCUCAAACACAAGUGAUUGAAAAUACCACUGAUGUAGAACGUUUAUUUUAUUCAUUUUUCUUGUUUUCUCCUUCUCCUACAACUUUAUCCAAUCCGUUCUGCGAACACAUUCCUUGCCCUUCUUCUAAUGCAUCAGAAAUUUCUGUUGUAAAUGUGGCACAACAACAUGCUAUUAUGAAUGUUAUUACAAAUAUUAAUCCCAUUAUGUCUAUAAAAAAUUACAAUUUUUCGGUACUGCAUAACGGUAAACUGCUCGGACAACCAGUUGCCGCUCCUCCCCAAUUGUUACAGCUAGCCGGUCCAACUUAUUAUAACAUUGAUUCUGUUAAUUAUGCUUUCGAUGUAAGAUUAGGGCCGGGUAUGAAUUGCUUGGAAUUCAUACUGGCAACUACCGAACCCACUAAUAUCCAACCUACCUCUGAAGACAUAUCACAGCCUUCUUUCACAGUCAUAGAGAAAGAACGAUUUGUACUUCUACUUUAUCUGCGCUGCUAA